AUGGUCGGCACUCUAUACGCAGACGUCCUCAGGGCGAACAGCGUGCGCAGCAAGGGCAUAAACCCUCCUCGUGGUACCACCACCACCAGCAGCAGCAGCAGCAGCAGUAACUGCACCUGCACGUCUCAAAACGAGCGAGAUCCCUGGAACAAGCAGGGCUCUCAGCCUCAUGAGCUGGACAUCGACAGCUCCUCAAGCUCUCCAGAAGAAGAGCAUAUCUCAAGUAACGGGGCCGCUCAACCCAUCAUCCCCACCAACACCAACUCACCUCCUCCAGCGAAGCCAUUCGACUGGACCGGCCCCCUCAUCGGCAACAAGCGCGACGUGCUCAUCACAGCACUAGACCAAAACCGCCACUCGUGGUCCACGCUCGCUGGGGAACAAUAUCCCACACAGACACUCGGUGCCUAUCAAGCGAGUCCGGCGCGUCAGAACCACGGCGGGCCGCCCAAGCGUCUCGCAGUGGCCUUAGACUGCGAAAUGGCGCUGACGGAAGAAGGCCCAGAGUGUGUACAGCUCUGCGCGGUGGAUCUGGUAACCGGUGAACGGAUCAUCGACAUCGGUGUGAUUCCGAUCCCUCGUGUCUGGAACUGGCAGACGAAGUAUAGUGGGAUGAGCUGGCCGAUUAUGAAGCAGCUCCGAGCGCAGGGGAAGACGGUACGGGGAUGGCGGGCCGCCAGGGAGCGGCUGUUCAAGUUUAUCGAUGAGGAUACCAUUCUCGUGGGGCAGAGUUUGGAUAAUGAUCUGCGGUGCUUGAAGAUUGUGCAUCGCAAUGUGGUUGAUACGGCGAUUGUCACGAAGAUCGCCGUGGAGGAGCAGUUGGGAGGGGGUUGUGGACGGAAGUGGGCGUUGAAGCGCCUCGCGGAGGACUUUUUGGGGAUUUAUAUACAGCAGGGCCAAAAGGGGCAUAGCUGUAUGGAGGAUACUUUGGCGACGAGGGAGGUUCUCUUGAAGUGUCUCCUGGAGCCUGAGGAGUUGGAAAAUUGGGCGAAGACGACGGCCGCUGAAGUGCCGAUUAGAGGGGGACUGGAUCCCCAUUACGACACGGUGGAUGAUAUAGAAGAUUUUCUGUGA